AUGGUUUUAAUAGCCGAGCUGGUUGGUAAAAAAUUACUCAACGGUACAUAUUCGACGGAGUUCGAUUCAAACGAAUUAAAAAAUAAAACAAUUGGUCUGUACUUUUCUGCUUAUUGGUGUCGUCACUGUCGAAACUUUACUUCAAAAUUAGUUCAGGCCUAUAAAACUGCUCUAUCCAACAAUAGUAAUCUAUUGUUUGAUAUUGUCUUUGUAUCCGGUGAUACUGAUGAAGAAUCAUUCAAUGAAUACUAUAAGCAGAUGCCUUGGAAAGUAAUACCAUAUGAAAAUCGCCAGCAAGCUGAAAAUCUUAAUGAACGUUACGAUAUAGAAGAUAUCCCAUCAUUAAUUAUCUUGAAACCGAAUUGUGAAAUUUUGACGUCGGAAGCUGAUGAAGAAUUAAUAUCGGCAAAUGCAAUAGAAAAAUGGACUGAAGAUGUUAAUGUAUAUUUAUCAACAUCAACUAUUGAUAAAAAUGAAGAUAAUUAUCGUCGAAUUCAUCUUGAUAAUCAAACUAUUGUAAUAGAUGAUUUCUAUUCUGAUUAUCAAACAAAACAAACAACAAAUUUAUCAUCAAUAUUAAAUGAUUUUGCACAUUUAUUUACACAUAAACAUAAACAUUAA